UAAAAGUCGCUUGAAUAUGCGUUGCAUUGCAUGCAGUUCCUUUGCAUACCUAAUAAGGUUUUAUUACUCUACAUCACUUCAAAGUGGACGUUAAAAUUCAUAACAAAAAGCUGGAACACUUUAUAUUGGUGCUAAUUACUUAUAAAUAAUGCAAUGUAUGUCAAUGUCGAUAAAAAACAUAUAGGUAUUGGUUUCUUUCUUCUCAAAUUUAAUUAGGCACCAUCAAUCUUUUUUUUUAAUAAUCAAUAACAAUGGUACCUGUAUUUUCGAACAGUUCGAGGAGAAUACCAAACUGAAAAUUGCGUUCGCAAGAAGGACAAAUUAACAUAGUGUGUUCCGUGUGCACGAGAAACGACAUUGAAAAUAAAAAUACGCUCGAAGUCUAAUUUGUUAAUAAAUAAUCAUUAAUCAGUCCCAACAUUACGAUCUAUAGUAUAGUGACUUGAGGGAAUUGUCCUGUCCAUCUGGUACCUGAAAUUCAUCAUGAAAAAUUAUAAAGGCGAGAAUUCCAGUAGAUCAAAACUUAUUUAGGAUGUACAGGAACGCUUCACUACAAGUGAAGCUUGAUAUCGGGACAGUCCAAGGCACCCUACAGAAUGAUUCUGCUCUCAGGUAUACUAGUUUCAGAGGGAUCCCUUUCGCAAGUCCUCCCCUGGCAGAACUCAGAUUUAGGGAUCCCGUACCUCAUAAAAGAUGGAACGGAGUUUUGGACGCAACCAAAUUUACGAAUGGAUGUGUGGAACUCAUCCACAAGGAUCGGCUCAGUUACGAAGUAGUCGGAAGUGAAGAUUGCCUUUACUUAAACGUCUUCACUCCGACGAAUCCCCACAAAAUAAACAAACUUCUACCGGUAAUGGUAUGGAUUUACGGAGGAGCUUUUCGGGAAGGAAACUCAAACACGUACGGACCUGAAUAUAUUUUAAAUGGCGAUGUGAUCGUCGUGACAUUUAACUACAGGCUGGGCAUUUUUGGUUUUUUGAGCACCGAUGAUAUGGAAUCCCCAGGCAACUAUGGCCUAAAGGACCAACUCGUCGCGUUAAAAUGGGUGAAGGACAACAUAAACAAAUUUGGCGGUGAUCCUAGUCGCAUUACAGUUUUUGGCGAAAGCGCCGGAGCAGCUUCAAUCGGUUAUUUGUUGUUAUCUGAAAAGAGUAGCGGACUAUUUCAGCAGGCGAUUAUGCAGAGCGGUAGUCCAUUAUGCCCGUGGGCUCUUCAAACACUACCGAAAAAGAUCGCAUUUGACUUUGGAUUAAUUCUGGGGAUAACAACAAACAACAGCGCUACCCUUAUGACUUACCUGCGUCAGGCGGACUUGUCCAAGUCGCAUUCUGCGAUAAUAGAAUUAAAUUUGUUGUAUAUCGGAGAUUCCCUUCGGCAAGGGAACACUUUCAGUCCGUCAGUGGAACCAAGUUACGCGAACGCAGUGGUUACUAAAAAGAGUUUCGAAGCUUUUAGGGAAGGAAAUGUUAAUAAAAUUCCCUUGAUCGUUGGAAUCAACUCACAAGAAAGCAAGUUUUUCUCGUCAAUUAUUAGGAUUGCCAAACCCGCAUUUGUCCUCUUCGACUUAAGUUCGAAUCUUUUGGUCAGGCCAGCAAUGAACGUAAAGUCAAGCGCUAGUAAGAAGAUUGUGGCGGAUAAAAUAAAACAUCACUAUUUUCAUUCGGGCUCCUUUAUUAGUGGCACUGAUCAAGAAUAUCUCGAGUUUCUGAGCGACGACCAGUUUGUAAGACCAGUGAUUAAAAUGGUGGACUUACUACUAAAUUUUGUGAAGGUGUACUUUUACGUUUUUAGCUACGAAGGGGAUUCUGGUAAAACUUGGUUAAAUAAGAGAAGCAACACACAAGUCAGGACUAAAGGCGUGGCUCAUGCGGAAGAUGUGUUGUAUUUGUGGAGCGGACAUCAAAAUUUGAUAAAUAAUAACGAUCGUCUUACAUCACGGCGCCUGGUAAAGCUUUGGACCAACUUUGCAAAGCAAUGCCCGAGUUAUCUUCGUCAUUGUAAAACAUGUAAAAUACGAUCGAUCUAAAUGGUGUUUCGAAAAUAACCUUUUCAAUGUCACGCUUCAUUUUGUCCAGUUAGAAUUGAAAAUAAUUACGUGCAGGUUACCAUUGGAUAAAGCGCUUUAUUAGCUAAUCAUAUUGACUUAU